AUGGAUUUGUCUCACAUGUCACAUCGUGCCCGACGUGCUUUUCUUAAGAAGCUAAAAAGAAAGCGUAAACGUCAAAAAUUAGCCAAGGAAAAUAUCGAGAGGGAGAUCGAAGAGCUAAGUCGGCUCCAACUUUCUCCAUCUUAUCAAGCACAACAGGCUAAGGAGUUGGAGUUAGCCGCACUUGAAGCCAAAGAGCGUGAGCGUAAUGAGGAACUUUGGCAAGAACGUGAGAGGGAGGCACAACGUCAGUGGGAAGAAAAUAAUCGUCAAAAAAUCCUCUUAAAGCAACGCGAGGAGGAAACUCAGCGUAAAAUUAAAGCAGAGUGGGAAAGCAAACAAAUGGAAUCCAAGAAAUUUAUUCCUGAGUCAAAAACACAGGAUGUUCAUGAACAGCAGUCUCCAGACCUUCCACCUUGGCAUCUUCCCCCACCACCCGUACCUAUCCCUACAGUAAUUGAGCAAGUGCCAUAUGGUCCCACUGUUUCUACAGCGACGGAAAAAUGUAGCUUUUUCCGUAAAACAGGAGCAUGUCGAUAUGGUUUUCUUUGUUCUCGUCUUCAUCAAUAUCCAAGUCCAUAUGACGAUACUAUUGAAUCGUUCAAUAUUGCUGAUGAUCAAGAUGUUGGUGGCUUAGACGAACCAAUAGAUAAUUCUUGUUUAGUUUUACAAAUUCCUAAAAUGUUCACACACUAUCAUUUAGAUUUAACAAAAAAUACCAGUUCAGAGGAUCAAGAUUCUGGUCUUGAAGUAGAUGAAAGUCAGUUACUCUCAGAUUAUCAUGAAUUCUACCAUGAUGUUCGUAUGGAAUUAGAAUCUAGAUGGGGCAAAAUUUCAGUUAUUCGAACAUGUCGCAAUUUAGCUGAUCAUCUUCGUGGUGCAGUUUAUGUUGAAUUCUCAAGGGGUCCAAGUGCAGCAUGGGAUGCUGCUGAAGCUUGCAAUGGUCGUUGGUUUGCUGGACGUCAACUAACGUGUACUGUGGUUAGAUUGGGCGGUGGUUGGAGAGAGGCUAUCUGUGGUCUUUAUCAUCGAGGUAAAUGUCCUAAAGGAGACCUCCAUUGUAAUUUUCUACAUGUAUUUCUUAACCCUGGAGAAACCAGUAAUGAUUUACAAAAAACUUUAUGGCGUCAUGUAGGUCGACUUAUUAGUCCGGUGGAUAAUAAUGGUCACAGUGAUCGUGGACGUUCUUCUACAGUAAAAUCACUUUCUAACGACUCUUCAUCUUUUACCCAUCGUCAUCACCACCAUCAUGAUCGACGUAAAACGCGAAGACAAUCCUCUAGCUCAAUCUCUUCACAUUCACGGUCCUCUUCUCCAAUAGGGCAUCAUCAUUCAUCUCGGUCUAAAAAUAAUUAUAAAAAUUCCCGUCUAUCUGAAUAUCACAGUCAUAGAAAAUCUAAAAGAAAUAAGCAUUAUAGUAGUGGUAGCAGGAGAUCUUUGAGUCGUUCACCUUCAACAUCAUCAGUUCAUAGGAAGCACAAAAAACAUAUGAAAGAAAAAUCUCACAAGAGAAUGAAAAGAGUCAAGUAA